AUGAGUGCUCUUGUAUUCGCUCUACUUUUGACGGCGUGCGUUAACGCUAACUCCCCCCUAGAAAGGAGAUAUGAACCAGUUCAAGAACUGAAGAUGUUCAAAAGAGAAGCUGCCGAUGAAGUUGAACCAAAGGAAGACUCGAUCGAAGAAGUUAAUAUAAAAAGCGGAGUUGCGGAAAACCUGUUCCAGGGAGAUAUCCUCCUAACAAAGGAACAAAAAGAAAAAAUUGCAUUGGAUGUCGAGAAAACUCGUGCAAAAAGGCAAGCCUUCAACGAUAAAGGAACUUGGCCUGCAAGAAAAUGGACAAAUGGAGUCACAUUCAUACUCGCCGGUUAUUUAGACGAGAGAACCAAGACUGCCUUCAAGAAAGCAGCGAAGCUAUGGAUGGAGGACACGUGCAUCAACAUCACUGAAUUCCAGUGGCCCCCUUCGAAGGGGGUCAGACCACCCAAGGACUUUCUCAUGGUACUACUAGGCGGAGAUGAAGGAUGUCAAUCAUAUGUUGGUAGAAAGGAGGACCCUGGUCCGCAGGAACUAUAUCUCGGCAAGGGUUGUCAA